CCAUUAACAAACAAAAGACUCAUAACUAAAACUAGGGAAAGAAUUCCAACUUUCUCACCCAUUUUCAAAAAAGACACCCUCUAUGUUCUUGCUCAUUGAUUUGGUCCUUAAUUACCAGCUUCCGAUCCCAUAUAUAUAUACAAACUCUUCCUUAUUUCAUACUCAAAGCCCCCAUCAAACCCUGCAAAAAAGAUAACGAAAAUGAACCAAAUUGGGCGUAUUGCUUAUUACCUUGUCAUGGUUAGCCUAUCUGUCUCUCUCAUCGCUCUUUCUAUUUUCCUCUACCUUAUUUGCAGAAAGAAGCCCGUUGAAUCUGAAGAAACACUUCCUGUCAAGCUUUGCGCUCGCGCAUACCCGUUAACGGAUAUUGAUACGGCCACCGACGCCUUCAACCACCGCAGAAUUGUUGGCCAUGGCCGCCUUGGAACUGUGUAUGCAGGAAUACUAGAAGAAGGAGAAGUAGUGGCUGUCAAGCGGAUUCAUUCACGGCUGGUGUUGAGCAAUGCAGGAUUCAGGUUUUCAACGAUGAUCAAAUCGCUUACUUUUGCCCAACACCCCCAUAUUGUGCCAAUUGUAGGCUUUUCUGAAGCUCCGGGUGAGAGAAUUAUAGUGAUGGAGUUUGUUGGCAUGGCCGGUUUGGAUUUCUAUUUACAUCAAAACUCAGAUGAGGCUUCUCUAUUGGAUUGGGGCAACCGUUUGAGGAUUGCAGCCGGCGCCGCCCGAGGGCUCGAGUACUUGCAUGAAGGUACGACACCAAAUAUUGUCCAUGGUUGUGUCAAGGCCUCGAAUAUUUUGAUUGAUGUUAAAUUUUGUGCUAAAGUUUGUGAUUAUGGGCUAUCAUUUUUGGCAUCCCAAGAGAAGAAAGGCCUGAUGGGAUACGUGGAUGAUGAGUACUGGGGUGACACAGUUGCAGGUGCUUGCAAGGAAAAUGAUGUUUAUGGUUUUGGGGUGCUUUUGUUAGAGCUAUUGAGUGGGAGAUCAGAAAGUGAAGAAGGAUUACUUGUUAAGUGGGCAUUGCCAUUGAUCAAAGACAGGAGAUUUUAUGAGCUUUUGGACCCAAGACUCGUAAUUCCUUCUGAUCUAAAGCCUCUUGUUAGACUGGCUAAAGCUGCCUCAGCUUGUGUUGGUAACUCAAGGAAGAGCAGGCCUUCGAUGGGUCAAGUGGCAGCAAUUUUGAACAAUUUGGAGAUGGAUUUUGAACAGUUGAGAUAGAGAUGUUUUUCAAUUAAUUGGUGCUUCAUUAGUUAUCCGCGGGGGUCAAGAAUACUUCGUCUAAAAAGGUUGCUGCUAGUGCUAGGCUGCUAGCUACAAGCUAGUAAUAUUUGAUCACAAUUUUCAAAGAGAAAUUUUGGACAUUUGACUUUGAUAAAAUCAAAUCAAAUAUAUCAUAAGAGGGUAUGAACUUUCCAUGGACUGAAAGAGCCACGCAACAAUUUAGAGUUGUCCUGCAUGGAUGUGUUUGAGAAGUAUUCGGUGGGAAACAGUUGAAAUGGAAAGGUGGGAAGGGUGACUUUGUCCUUUGGACGGUGGAUUUUGAUCUUUUGUUUGCGUGAGGAACGGGGAAUCUCUUUUAGUGGUGAAAGGGACCCCUUCCUUUUCUUUCUUUCAAAUCAACCUCUUAUUUUGUGUAGCUCUUGUUUCCUUGUCAUUGCCUCCUCUUUUGAUUAAGCAUAAUCUGCAUGUCAUUCAUACACAAUUAUAGGGCGUAUGAUUUUCGUUUUUCUGUUUUUUAGCCAAACGCUACAACUCUUCUAAUGUUCACAUGAUGUAUAGUCGUGGCUCAUAAGUUAUAAGGACCCAGAUCUUUUCUCUA